AUGUCGCAGCCCAAAAUGGGAGUUCUCGACCUCGAGAAGCAGCUCCUCUCCUACGCCUCCUACCACCACAACCCCCACAACAUCCUCAUCCACCUCUUCGGCGUGCCCGGCAUAAUGUUCACCGGCUUCCUGCUCGCCACCAACACGCCCUCGCUCCUCGACCUGCCCUACAUCCCGCUCAACCUCGGUGGCAUCGGCUCGUUCGUCUUUGCCGUCUUCUACAUUCUCAUGGAGCCCGUCGCCGGCCUGCUCUUUGCGCCGCUCAUUGCGGCCAUGAUGGUUGUUGUCAACCACCUCACGGCCACGUAUGGCGCGACGGCGACCUGGUGGGCGUGGUGUGUGUUUUUGGCGAGUUGGGUGGUGCAGUUUAUUGGGCAUGGCGUGUUUGAGAAGAGGGCGCCGGCGGUGCUGGAUAAUCCGAUACAGCCGAUCCUACUGGCGCCGUUCUUUGUCUGGUUUGAGAUCUUGUUCUAUUUCGGGUAUCGGCCGGAGCUGCAGGCGCGGAUCGAGGAGAAGGUUGUGCUGGAGCUCAAGAGGCUCCAGGACGAGAAGGACAUGAGUAAAAAGAAGGCGUGA